GCCGCGGUGAGUUCCGCAGUUCCGCGCCGAUGGACCCGCCGCGGAGCCUCUUCCCGGAGCUGCCUCCUGCCGGCCACGCCCUCCUCCGCCUCGUGGACUCGUGCCGCUCCCCCGCCCACCUCUGCGCCCUGCGAGCCGCGCACGCGCGCCUCCUGUUCCUCCUGCGCCUCCCUUCCCACCCCGCCUCCGCCGCCGUCCGCGUCAAGCUCAUGCAGGCCUACGCCGCGUGCGCCGCGCUCCCCGCCGCACGUGCGGUGCUCGACUCCUCACCCGACCGUAGCACCGUCUUCUUCAAUGUCCUCCUCCGAGGCCUCACCGCCGCCUCCCUCCACCGCGACGCCCUCCUCCUCUUCGCCUCCAUGCGGCCGCAGGGCCCCGCCUGCUUCCCCGACCACUACACGUACCCGCUCGCUCUCAAGUCCUGCGCAGCGACGAACGGCCUCAUUCUCGGGCUACAGAUGCAUUCCUCCACCGCGAGGCUCGGCCUGGACGGGAACGCCUUUGUGGCGCACUCAAUGAUCAGCAUGUAUGCGCGGUGCGGCCGCCCAGACGACGCGUACCAGAUGUUCGAAGAAAUGCUGUACCGGGAUGUUGUUUCUUGGAACGCCAUGAUUUCUGGGUUCGCACACGCAGGUUUGUUUGGCCGGGCUAUGGAUGUUUUCAGGAAAUUGGUGGCGGUGCAGUGCCCAAAGCCCGAUGCUGGGACCAUGGCAAGCAUCUUGCCCGCUAUGGAGAAGGCAAGGAUGGAGGACAUCACAUUGUUGAGAGGAAUCUUUGAUAAGAUGCAGUUUAAAGGACUUAUUUCCUGGAACGCUAUGAUUGCUAUAUAUACUAACAAUGAAAUGCAUGUUGAGGCUGUUGAGCUGUUCAUGAGGAUGCAAAAGGAUGACAUUGAGCCUGAUGCAGUGACUCUGGCUACUGUUCUUCCUUCUUGUGGAGAAGUCUCAGCGCUUUCACUGGGGAAACGGAUCCAUGAAAUUAUCAAGAGAAAAAGGGUAUGCUCCAGUAUGUUGCUUGAGAAUGCUCUCAUGGACAUGUACGCAAGUUGUGGGUGCCUGAAGGAAGCUAGGAGUGUUUUUGAUUCCAUGGGUGCAAGGGAUGUGGUAUCAUGGACUUCAAUAAUUUCAGCUUAUGGCAGGCAUGGACAUGGCAGAGAGGCCAUUGACCUUUUUGAGAAGAUGCGUGGACAGGGUCUCGAACCAGACUCUAUUGCUUUUGUUGCUGUUCUUGCAGCAUGCAGCCAUGCUGGCCUUUUGGAUAUGGGAAAACAUUAUUUCUAUUCCAUGACUAGUAGGUAUCAUAUAUCCCCCAAAUUAGAGCACUAUGCUUGCAUGGUAGACCUCCUUGGGCGUGCUGGAUGCAUAAGUGAGGCAUAUGAUUUCAUCGUGACGAUGCCUAUCAAGCCAAAUGAAAGAGUCUGGGGAGCCUUAUUAGGAGCUUGUCGGAUUCACUCCAAUAUGGACAUUGGGUUGUUGGCAGCAGACAAUCUGUUAAUAUUGGCACCAAAACAAACAGGAUACUAUGUGCUAUUAUCAAAUAUUUAUGCUAGGGCUGGGAGGUGGGCAGAUGUUAGCACAGUGAGAAGUGUCAUGGAGAGCAAGGGUAUCAAGAAGUUGCCUGGUGUUAGUAAUGCCGAGCUAGGGGAUCAGGUUUACACAUUUCAUAUUGGUGAUACAUCUCAUCCACAAUCAAAAAUGAUUUACGAAAAGUUGACUGAUUUGUUACAAAGGAUCAGGGAAAUGGGCUAUAACCCAGAGGUCGAGGCUACACUUCAUGAUGUUGAAGAAGAAGAUAGGGAGGGUCAUCUUUCAGUACAUAGUGAGAAAUUGGCUAUUGCAUUUGUUCUUCUAAACACUAGUCCAGGAACACCUAUUAGGGUAUCAAUGAAUCUAAGGACAUGUAGUGACUGCCAUCGUGCUGCAAAGCUGAUUUCAACAAUAACCAGUAGAGAGAUUAUACUUAAAGACGUUAAUAGGAUCCACUACAUAGCACAAGGACUUUGCUCUUGUGGGGAUUAUUGGUAAAA